ACACGUCUUUAAGUUGGGUGUUUUGAUAAAUCGCAGCUCGCUCGCUCCUUCACAUUAACUCCUGAGCACCGGUGUUUCCCACAGCACUUCUACACGCAGCAUUAGAGCAACACAACUCGACAACCAGAGUCAGAGCAAACAAGCAGCGAUGAAACGUCCCGGGAUCGUGUCCUCAGUGAUUCUCACCGCAGCUGCUCUGCUCGUCUGCCUGUGUUCAGUCAGAGGCAACUACUGUGAGGUGAACCAUUGCCACAAUGCAGGAACAUGUGUGACAGAUGUCGGAGAUGAUCCCUUCAUCUGCAUCUGUGCGGAUGGAUUCGGCGGAGACACCUGUAACCUGACAGAGACAGGACCCUGCAUCCCGAACCCCUGUAAAAACGAUGGGUCGUGCGAGAUCAUAACUCCGACCAGACGAGGAGACGUGUUCAACGAGUACAUCUGCAAGUGCCAGCCGAGCUUCGAGGGAGCGCACUGCCAGACCAAUGUGAAUGACUGUGCCAAGCAGCCCUGUAAGAAUGGGGGGGUGUGCAGAGAUCUGGAAGGGGACUACACCUGCCAGUGCCCCUCACCCUACGUCGGGAAGCAGUGCCAGCAACGUUGCAUUUCCCUGCUGGGGAUGGAGGGAGGUGCAAUCGUGGAGUCCCAGAUUUCUGCUUCCUCCGUGCACUACGGCAUUCUGGGUCUCCAGCGCUGGGGCCCGGAGCUGGCUCGGCUGAACAACCACGGCCUCGUCAACGCCUGGACGUCAGACGCCCACGACAGGAACCCCUGGAUCGAGAUUAACAUGCAGAAGAAGAUGCGUCUGACGGGCAUCAUCACUCAGGGCGCCAGUCGCCUGGGCACAGCUGAGUACAUCAAGGCCUUCAAGGUGGCGAGCAGCUUCGAUGGAAACACCUUCACCUCACACAGACUGGACGGCCAACGCAGAGACAAGGUCUUUGUGGGCAACACAGACAACGAAGGCACCAAGACAAACCUUUUCAACCCUCCAAUCGUGGCCCAGUACAUCCGCAUCAUCCCUGUGGUCUGCCGCAGGGCGUGCACGCUGCGCAUGGAGCUGGUCGGCUGUGAGCUCAACGGUUGUUCAGAGCCUCGGGGGAUGAAGUCUCGCCUCAUCUCAGACGAGCAGCUGUCGGCCAGCAGCUCGUACAGCACGUGGGGCAUCGACACCUUCACGUGGCACCCGCAGUACGCCCGGCUGGACAAGCAGGGCAAGACCAACGCCUGGUCCCCGGCCCACAACAACCGCUCAGAGUGGAUCCAGGUCGAUCUGCAGAAGACCACGCGUCUCACAGGCAUCAUCACUCAGGGGGCGAAGGACUUCGGGGUGGUGCAGUUUGUGUCGGUGUUUCAAGUGUCUUACAGUAACGAUGGAGAGUCGUGGGACACGGUGAAGGACGAGAACACCGGCGAUGAUAUGCUUUUCCAAGGCAACAUCGACAACAACUCCCACAAGAAGAAUCUGUUCGAGCCCCCGUUCUACGCCCGGUACGUCCGGGUCGUCCCCUGGGAGUGGCACGAGCGCAUCGCUCUACGCAUGGAGCUGCUGGGCUGCGAUGACUAGAAACUCAUCAACCACCACUUAACUGUGCUCCGUGCUCCUCCACCGGCUCCUCCACCGGCUCCUCCACCGGCUCCUCCUCCGGCUCCUCCACCGGCUCCUCCUCCGCUGACCCCGGAGGAGACUUUGCAUUGGGUGGAGAUUGUGUUCCCUGAAUAGCUUGGACUCUAACACUCGUAGCACUUUUUGACUAGUGACUUUUUUUAUGGUUUAUAUUAAUACAAGCUCGUACAUAAGUGCUCGCAGAGGGGCCGUCUGUUGAGUGUCUGUGGUAUCAGUAGCUUUUGAUAGAAUAUGAAUGAAAAUUUGCACAGAUUUGCUCUUUGUACUCUUCACAUGUUGUAAGAAUCCAGGUAGAUUUCAGCCGCCUCUCGGGUCUGGAGACGUGAUCAUCGUGCUCUUCACCUCUUCAGUUCUGCUAAACUGACCCUCACCUGUGACAAACAUCCUCUCCACCUUAUUCACUCUGUUGUCCUGAUGCUGUUUUGUUAUUCCAGCCCACACUAGCAUUAUAACACAGGGUCUGUGCAAUAUUUAGUUUAUUUUGCCAUUUUUAAAUAUCCGGGAAAAGAAAAUGUGUCCAGGAUUAGAGAAUUAAAAAUAUUUAAAUCUGAUUUGCAGCACACAGAUGGAGCCAAUCAAUUGAUCUAACUAAAAAAUAUCAUGGGCUUUUUGCAGUAGGUUUUUCAUGUGAUGUUGAAUUUUUUUACACAUUUUAACAGUUUUAUUUGCUUCAGUCUUUCAUGUAAUUUAAUUAUAAUUUAAUCCUUUUUACAACAAAUGUGAAAUAUGUAGAAAAAUGUCUUGAAAUAAGCAUAUUUUGCAUUAUUUGUUUUUCAAUUCGCCAUUGUUCUUGAACUAAGACUGUUUAUUAAAUGUUACAAGAAAAUAGACUUUGAUAUGCUUUCAUAUACUGAAUGAUUUACCUAAUGAUCCUUAUAAAGUCAAAGAUCGUUUAUCAUCUUGAAGUUGUUUCUGCGUCUAAAAUAUGAUGAUAUAAUUAUUCUAGGUUGCUAUUCCAACUAAAGAUUAACUCAGUAUUAAAUGGAUUCUGCUAAAGAAGAAUAAGUUUGUUAAUCGAACUGAAAUUAUUAAAGAUUUGGAUUUUCUAUAGAAGGAGUAAAAUUAUCAUACGUGUUCUUUAGGAAUUUAACGGGGGCCUGGAUUCAGAGCACGUGCUGAGGAGCUGUUCUGAGUUACAAGUUCCUGAUUGUGUAAAUUUGCUGCAACAUCACAAUUUGAGGGACUCGGGCGAUAGACCGGCUGUCGCUUGGAUGCUGGUUUCCUGCACAAAGCCCACACUCUGCAGUUAAUGAGAGUAAUGACACACUGUUAGCCCCUCAUCUGGCUGCUCAGAUCCCAGACCUGCUGUGACUGGCCCCGGGCUUCAGCUUUCAUCUGUGUAAGACUGCGCCCGGCGUAUGUAGACGUGCAUUUUGUGUAUGUUUCACAGCGGGUUUCAAAUAAAAGAUGAUUGCAGGAAAACACAGCAGCAAACAUCUGCUUUCAGAGAGUUAAGGAAGGAUGUAAAGAGGUUUGUCGCCCAAGAAAUCCUUCCACACAAUAUGAGCCUUUUUCUUCUGGUUAAAACUACUGGGAUUUAAGUCCUUUAUGUUUAUAGGAAUAUAAACAUAAAGUCAUUGUAAGUCACUUUUAUUAAAUCAUAAUUAAACAUCCCUUCAUGCUACCAUGCUACCAUGCAGAUUUAACAGCCUUUACUGUACUGUGUUGGGAAAGAAAGAACGUUAAUGGUUUAGUAGAAAUAACAUGAUAGCGUUGCUGAGACUCAAAGAAGUCUUUCAGUAAAAUAAUUUGCCUGUUACAUUUUUUAUUUUACAGUUCUACAGUUAAUACAAAUGGAUAUUGGAGGGAAACUCUAAUUUAAAUGUAAUAAUCUUCUCUGAUGUGUAAAAGAUUAAAUAAAAAACAUGCUUUCCCAUCUUAA